CUGAUUAACUCACUGUCUUGCAUGGAACCAAUCCAUAGGCCGCUUUAUGAGCUAGAUAAUAGUGCUUUGCUGGAUCUUCUCCCUGAUAUUCCAUUAUGGGUAAAGUGCCCUGAUUAUGAUAGAGUAGAUUGGUUGAACAAGUUUGUUACUUAUAUGUGGCCAUACCUUGAUAAGGCAGUUUGUGCUAGAAUAAGAAGCAUGACAGAACCCAUAUUUGCAGAGUAUAUUGGCAAGUUUCAGAUAGAAGCAAUUGAGUUUGAUAAUCUAAGUCUUGGAACUCUUCCUCCAGAAAUUCAUGGUCUUAAAGUCUGUGAAACGAAUGAGAAUGAACUAGUCAUGGAACCAGCAGUUAGAUGGGCUGGCAAUCCAAACAUAGUUUUGGUGUUGAAGUUGUUAUCUUUUAGAAUCACACUUCAGUUAGUAGAUUUACAAAUAUUUGCGGCACCACGGAUAACUUUGAAACCUCUUGUACCUACUUUACCAUGUUUUGCAGCUGUUGUAGUAUCUCUGCUGGAGAAGCCUGAGGUAGACUUUGGGAUGACUAUACUUGGAGGGGAUAUUAUGGCUAUUCCUGGCCUUUAUCAGUUUGUCCAGAAAACAAUUAAAAAGCAAGUAGCAAGCCUGUAUCAUUGGCCACAAACACUAGAGAUACCUAUUCUUGAUGCUGCAACAGUGGCUGUAAAGAAGCCUGUUGGAAUACUACACGUGAAGAUUGUGCGGGCACAAAAACUACUAAAGAAGGACAUUCUAGGCACAUCAGAUCCUUAUGUCAAAUUAUUUCUAACUGGAGAGAGCCUGCCGGCAAAGAAAACAACCAUCAAGAAGAGGAACUUGAAUCCUGAAUGGAAUGAGAAGUUCAAGCUUAUUGUGAAGGACCCCCAAUCUCAAGUUCUUCAUUUACAAGUCUAUGACUGGGACAAGGUCGGUACUCAUGACCAUCUGGGAAUGCAGUUAGUCCCCCUGAAAACUCUUACACCCUACGAGACAACAGAAUUUAAUCUUGACUUGCUGAAGCACACAAAUAUAAUUACUGAUCCUCAAGAUAAGAAGAAAAGAGGGAAUAUUGUGGUCGAGCUGACAUAUGCACCUUUUAGAGAAGAAAGCAUUAAAAUAGAUGGGCCUCAGGAUGGAUAUGGGAGGCAGGAAAGUGGAUUUGACAGGCCAUCUGACAGUGAGCUCUUCAGUGGAGCAGGUCUGCUUUCAGUUAUGGUUCAAGGAGCUGAGGAUGUUGAGGGUGAGCGCCACAAUAAUCCUUAUGCUGUGGUCCUUUUCAGAGGAGAAACAAAAAAGACAAAGAUGAUCAAGAGAACCCGUGAUCCCCUGUGGAAUGAGGAAUUUCAGUUUAUGCUUGAGGAGCCUCCUUUAAAUGAGAAUAUUCAUAUUGAUGUUAUGAGCAAGCGGACAGGCAUUAGCUUCCGGUCGAAGGAAUUUUUGGGAUAUGUGGAUAUCAAUCUCACUGAUGUUGUCCAUAAUGGGCGCAUCAACCAGAAAUACCACCUAAUCAAUUCAAAGAACGGAGUGAUACAUGUUGAAAUAAGAUGGACAACUGUUUGAGAAACAGGGUGAAGAUAUGACUGAAGCAAAUCAGUAUUGCAAGAAUAUUGAAGAUUACUAGGAGUUUGAGGAACAGGAUGAGAACACAAUGGAUGCAACUUGUACACAAAAUAUACAAGAACAAAGAUUACUGCAGAAAGUUCAGCACGAGGCUGAAACCAGAACAGAAAUGUAUAUAAUCCCAAAUAAAUUUUGAGAGCCGCCGCAUUUUUGCCAAAGUUGGUCGAUCUUUGCAUUGGGUUAAGAAUGAAGGUAAUGAUGAGCUUUAUAAUUAGUAAACCAAUGUUGAAUUUAUAACUUUUUGGGAAAAUAAUAUACAGUUAUGCAUAUA